AUGGCCAUCGAGGCUAUUGCCCGUAUUCACAACGAGCUGCCUUCCAAUCCCCCCAUCGAAGGCUUUGUGCUCGCCGACGUAUCCAUCAAGAAGAGUUUGGUCAUUCCAGAAGACGAUUACGGCGUUGAAGUCUUGACCAGCUUGGAGCUUGUUGACGCGCAGACACCAGCGUGGGGCACCUUUUCCAUCAGCUCCGUGGGCAGAGAAAGCGAAGAGUGGAUGGAACACUGCACUGGUAGAAUCAAGGUCGCUCUUGAGGGCUUAGAUGACUCCGUGGAGAAGACUGCUGUUGCGCCCACCACCCAAAGGGCUCUUGAUAGGCGGGUUUGGUAUGAGAAGUUUGCCGAAAUUGGUCUCGGUUACGGAGAGACCUUUCAGCCAAUCUCUCAUAUCCGCAGUGAUCCCCCAUCCAACGUCGCAGUGGCAACCCUCAACUUGCGGUCCACAGCCGGGCUUAUCAAGGGUGGGGAGUCGGCCUAUCCCUUGCACCCUGCUUCCCUUGAUGGUGCCAUUCAGCUGGGUCUGAUCGCCUGCCACGCCGGCCGUUCUGAGGACGCCACCACGGCAUUCGUGCCGGUCCAGCUUCCCCGGCUCUAUCUGUCGAACAAUAUCGAUGACUUGGCCGGAGACAAGUGCACCGUCGUGGCCCAUGGCGAAAAGCGUGGUAUUCGUGGUGCUCAUCUUGACUUGCAGUUGCUCGGGCCUAAUGGUGAAGUGAUGCUUGAUGCCGAGGGUCUUCGGUGCAUCAGCUAUUCCAGUGCAGCCAAGACCACCGAGGACAGAACCUUUAGCAGCCCCUUCACUCGGCUGGUAUGGAGGCCUGACAUCCGCACUCUGCGCAAUGGUCGUGCUCGCGAGAUGUACCCUGCCCCAAGGGAUAACGUCAAGAAGGCACCAUCGUGGGGUAUCACCAACAAACUAGCCCACUUUCUCGUUUACAGCAUGUACAUGAUGUACGGCACGCUCCCUGAGGAUGACAUGCCUAAGCCCUCAGGGGAUGUUGGUCAUUUCUUCGACUGGAUCAAGCGAAAGGGACAGAGCGACAACUCUGAACUCAUGCAAGAAGCUCGGGAAUAUGCCAAGCAAGGUCUUCUUCUCAACAAGAUCGGCGAGCUUGUCAGCGAGGCCCCGGAUGUCAUUGAAGUUCAGGCUGCCAAGUUGCUCCAUGACAGCAUGGCCGACAUUCUCUUUGAGCGCAGGACCGGUAUUGAUGUGGUCAUCAGUGAAGGUCUCCUGACCCCACUGUACAAGGAGGGUCUCCUCAUGACGGGUAUCUAUCCUCAACUUCACAAUGUUCUCGCUGGUGUUGCUCAUAGCAACACCAAUCUGCGUGUUUUGGAGAUUGGUGGAGGUACAGGUGGCGCCACCCGGAUUGCCAUGAAGGCCUUCAAUGGACCUAAUGGUAUCAAGUCUUACAAGGACUACACCUUCACCGACGUCUCGGCCGGAUUCUUGUCCGGAGCCCGCGAAUCCAUGGCCGACUUGCGGGAUGUCAACUUUUCCGUGUUUGACAUUGAGGUUGACCCUGUUGAGCAAGGAUAUGUUGAGAAGAGUUAUGAUCUUAUCAUCGCCUGUCAGGUGCUUCACGCCACCUCCAACAUGAAGAGGACUUUGACCAACUGCCGAAGGCUUCUCAAGCCUGGUGGACAACUCGUUCUUGUUGAGACGACGGAGAACUUUAUCGUUCCAGGUGUGGUGGUCGGUACCUUUACGGACUACUGGAGCGGUAUUCCUGACGGUCGAGUGGAUGCGCCUUUCCAAAGCCUUGCAUCUUGGGACCGGACUCUCAAAGAAGCUGGGUUCCAGGGGCUAGAUGUUGUCUUGGACGACUUCCCCGAGCCUCACAACACAACAUCCGUCAUUCUCUCUACUGUACCACCAGAGGAGUUUCCUGUCUCUGGAGAGGGCACUGUUCAGGUUCUUCAUUCGGGCAGCGAGGCACCUGCACUUCUUCAACACCUUGCUCAGGAGCGAGCCUCCUCAGAGUCUCGUGUGGUGGCCCUCUUCGACGAUGGGCAUCUCCUUCUCAACGCAAGCGAGGAGGACUUCAGCAGGUUUCAGCAACUGGCCAGGCAGUCGUCAAGUUUGGUGGCGAUCACGAGCUCUGGAGUAGCCAAGGGGCUGAAUCCAGAUGCUGCUGUCAUUCCGGGACUGCUCCGUGUGCUCCAGAACGAGAAUCCCGGGGCUCAGUACAUGUCUGUUGACAUUGCGGCCGACAAUUUCACCAUCGAAGCGGCCGAGGACCAGCAACACUUUGCCAAGUGCAUCGCCGACUACGAGUCUGAGCUUAAUGGCGCUACUCCGUCUCCGCCGCUGGACGACCUCGAAGGCAACCCCAAGGAUCGUGAGCUUUCCUGGCAAGACGGUUACUUUUCCGUCAGCCGUCAUGUCCCUGAUACAGGGUUCCACUCCCAGCAUGGCCUGGAUAGCAGGAAGUUCAAACCUGAUACCAUGCAUGGAAUCGUCGUUCCUCGGUCAAAAAGCAGUUGCCUCUUUGAAGAAUACACGCCAUCAACAUCGAUACACAUGUAG